CGCUGAAAUGCGAACAAACACAGGGAGUGCGUGCUGUGUUCGAGUUGAACCAUCACAACCAUCACUUUCAGUGCACUCAAACUUCGCAUUGUAACGACCAACAGCAAGCCAACAAUAUAUAUAUCAACCAGUUUGGUGCUGCAACGCGAAGACCGAGAGCUCAAAAGAGAAUUCUCGGCACUCGGUAUUUGGCUAUUGUGCUUUCAUAAUCCGGAGUUGCUGCAGUUUGGUUUGAGUUAUUGGUCUUUAGUUCUUACUUGUACAGAUCGACCGCCACAAUGUGCAUGACAUCAAACAACACCCCCAUGAGCGGCUAUGCCUCUCCGUCCAAUCUCCCCUACAGCGAUGACUGUGGGAUGUCCAGUUGUGAAUUGGAGGCUUUCAAGGUUCCUCCGCCCAUGAAGAUGAUGAUGACUCCAUCAUCCGCCCCCGCCAUGAUUACUCCUCCCACAACCACCAAGAACGAGGCUCCCCUGGCAUACGCUGCCUUUGAGGAUCACGAGCGACUGAGGUCUCGACGACGACCCCGCACAUUGCAAGACUUGCCCUUGCCACUGCGCAAACGCACUUGCCAGACUCCCAAAGAUCGAUUUGCCGCCUUUGUGGCCAUUCUCUUGAUGUACCUGAACAGCGGCGGAACCAAGACGUACAAGCUCAGCAUCCAAGCCAAGGCGUUGGUAGCCGAGUGUUGUCGCCGCAAUCAAAUGGGCGAUGCUCACUUUACUCCUCUCAACGACUCCAUGGCGGAGCGAUUGCACGGAUUGGUGGGUGCUCAGCACUGGGAUCGUGCUGCCACGUAUCUCUACAUUUACCUGGCCCGCCAUCACGGCUUUCAACCAGGUCGCGAUGAGACCGAAGAAGAUAGACGAUUGCUACACCAUUCCCCCGCCAAGAACAAACCAGCUCCUCUGGGCCAUCAGUUCCACUUUUAGAGACACUUUUUGAAAUUCCUUCCAACUAGUAACAUUACUAUUAGAGUAGAUCAUUGUCACACUC